AUGUUCCUGGCUGAUUAUGAGGGAAAAUUUCGACCACCUCUCAAGGCUUCUUUGGCUAAUGAAUUUACUGCAUCAGUGAAUCGGGUGAUGUGGAGCCCAGAUGGAAACCUUUUUGGUGUAGCAUAUUCAAAGCACAUUGUUCACUUAUUUUCUUAUAAUGGCGCUGAUGACUUAAGGAAUCACCUUGAGAUUGAUGCCCAUGUCGGUAGUGUCAAUGAUGUUGCGUUCUCUCAUCCAAACAAACAGUUGUGCGUCAUAACCUGUGGGGAGGACAAGGCAAUUAAGGUGUGGGAUGCAGCCACUGGUGCUAGGCAGUACACGUUUGAGGGUCACGAGGCACCUGUUUAUUCUGUAUGCCCACAUUAUAAAGAAAAUAUUCAGUUCAUCUUUUCAACUGCUUUUGAUGGGAAGAUCAAGGCCUGGUUAUACGAUAAUAUGGGUUCUAGAGUUGAUUAUGAUGCCCCAGGUCUCUCUUGUACUACAAUGGCCUAUAGUGCUGAUGGAACAAGGCUAUUUUCAUGUGGUACUAGCAAAGAUGGUGAAUCAUACAUUGUAGAGUGGAAUGAGAGUGAAGGGGCCGUAAAGCGGACAUACAUCGGUCUUGGAAAACGGUCUGUUGGAGUGGUGCAAUUUGACACAACAAAAAAUCGGUUUUUAGCUGCUGGAGAUGAGUUUGCAAUAAAAUAUUGGGACAUGGAUAAUGUAAACCUCUUGACCACUUGUGAUGCGGAUGGUGGUCUGCCGGCAUCACCUUGCAUUAGGUUUAAUAAGGAAGGAAUGAUAUUGGCUGUAUCAACUAGUGAGAAUGGUGUCAAAGUACUCGCAAAUUCUGAAGGUAUUCUUCUGAUGCGCUUCAUGGAAAAUCGUGCAUCUGGAGCUGUUGCUAAGGUUCCUAUGGUUGGGCCAUUUUGUGCUUCUGGUUCAGCUGCAGGGACAAGCACGAGCUCUGAUAAAAAUGGACCAGUGACGGCUGUUGCUGCUCUGAACGGGGAUGGCAGGAAUUUGCCAGAUAUAAAGCCUAAAAUUUCUGGUGAUAUGGAAAAUCCCAAGAUCUGGAAGUGGACUGAAAUCAGGGAACCAUCUCAGCUUCGUUCCUUGAGGCUUCCCGAUGGUUUAUUGUCAGUAAGGGUAAGAAUUAGCCAAGUAUCUUCAAAGGUGUAUAUUGUAUCUUUGUUCGUAUGAGGUUGGUCUUUUCACCAUCCUUUAUCAAAUUUAGGCUUGCUUUAUCUUCCAUUCUUCCACAUU